AUGGCUGCGAGCAAGAAGAAGAUGGUCGCCCUUCACGGCAAAGGUGGGACCGCCGCUUCUUUCGAGGAAUACAUGCGGCCGCUGGUCGAGGCGACGAGCGAUACGUGGGAAUGGGAGUUUAUCGACGGCCCGUUCGAAUCCGCGCCGGGCAAGUGCUGGUGGCAGCUCAAGCCCGGCGAGCGCACCUUCGAAGCGAAGGAGCUGAUCGGUUGCGACGAAUCACUCGCCUUGCUCGACCGGCAUUGGCCCUUCGACGGGGUGAUGGGCUUCAGCCAGGGUGCUAUGCUCGCGGCGAUCGCGUGUGGCCGGGGAUUGGGUCCUGGUUCCACCAAGAUGGGUCGUCCGCCCGUCGCCAUCAUCGCGGGGGCGGCGUUCCCCACCUGCAGGGGCGCCGACGUUAACAAGUUGAAGAUGUUGGAGUACGCGGCAGCCGAAAGCGAGGUUGUGGUUCCCGAGUCCGUGGCGGCGUCCCCCGGGGCGUUGAAUUUCGACCCGCUCGUCAAAAGUUUGCACGUCAUCGGCAAGAGGGACGCGAUGAAUCCGCCGGAGCAGGGCAUGAAGGUGGCUGAGGCGUUCGGCCCGGGCGCUCAGUUGCUCGAGCACGGCGGAGGUCACACCGUCCCGCUCGACGAGGACGCCAUGAGGCGGUACCUCGAGGUGAUGGGGGUGGAGGUGAACGCGCCGUGA